AUGCAAUAUUUUUGGGGAUUUACAUUGAUUACACUUUUCUCAAUAAACUCAUGGACUGGAGAAAAUGUAGGUGUCGCUUCUACGUUUCUACGCUUUGAAGAGUUCUAUUCGCAAUCGUUUGUGCCGAACGCUUUGCACAUUUCAUAUCGUAUCGAAGACGAAAUUGGCAUCUAUUAUAACAUCACAGCGCUGCAGUCAUUUCCGGGGAAAAUACUCUUCAACACAUUCAUACGCAAAGUUGGCACAAAUUUGGGUGAGAAAUCGGUGAAUAUAUUUAAGCAUAAAAAUUUGGAUUUUUGCAAAAUCAUCGAAAUGAUGCAUAACUUCACCAAGGAGGAGUAUAAAAACGAGACGCUGCUGCAAAGCACCUUCAUCAAUUCGUGCCCGUUUACACGUGGCUUUUACUACGUGGAAAAUGGUACAGUGCGUAUGGAGGCGAUACCGCUAUAUUUCAAUCGUGGCAUCUAUUGGGCACAAGUCGAAUUGGUACAGGUUUUUGGCGAGGUGACCAAAUUAAUGAAUGUAAAAGCGAAGUGUCGCUAUGAACCCGAAGCGACUAGCACCGAUUUGAACAUAUUCUCGACAUUUACAAACGCUCAUAGCGACAAUCUACAGUCGCUGCGAAAUGUAAAGUCAAAUGAUUUGGCAAAAUUUUAUGCAUAUCUUAUAAAAAGAAUAGAUAAUAUAAAAGUGUUUUAGAAUUUUUUAUGUCAGCUACAUAUACAUAUAUAUAUAUAAGCUUUGACAAACUAUCUAAGAAUUAAGAAAGUGUAAAUGAAACUCUUCAGACAGUUGGUCGUGGAGAAACGAGAUCGUGGAUAAAAAAAACUUUGAACAUGUAUAUUAAAUUAUGUAAAUUAUAAAAUCAUAGACAGAGACAAAUAA